AGUUAAACGGGAUGCCUGAUGAGAAAAUGGGUAAUGUUGACAUUAAUAUUUAAUCGUAAAUUCUUGAAAAUAUUGCGUCUGCAUCAUUAAUCGAGAAUUGAAUGGGUAGAAAAAAAACAGGGAAAUAAAUUAUUUUCAACUUACAAAUGUACUAAACUUGGAGGGUGAUUUAUUUACCAACACUGUACAGGCGCAGUAUGUGCUAAUCCCUGCAAUCAUAGCUGCGGGGGAAAAUUAACCAUACAUUGUACAUGAACAAAAAAGUGCAUCAUUAGAUUGGAUCAUAUAUUAAGUCUUUAUCUGGGGAUCAUCUAAGCUGUCCCCCAAAGCCGACUUGGAGCUCAACGAGGCUAGCUUGUCUUUUAUUUCGAGCUUGUCGUGUAAAGAUGAUGAAGUUAUUUUGCCAGACUCCAUGAAUUCUGAAAGCUGCAAUCAGAUGUGUACAGAUGACCUUAUAAAAACUGAUGUUAUUGAAGCUAAUUCCGAUCUUUUCAAUAUUAAUUUUGAUAAACACAGUCUAAAUAUUGAGAGUUCAGAUAGUUUGUUAAAUGCUCUUACUGCAGUUGAAGGAGGUUCUGGCUUGGCGGAUUUUGAUUCUAUAAAUGAAUCAAGUGUACCACAAGAAACAAAUCUAGGACAGGACGUUGUUAUGACAAAUGAGGGGAAGUUGGUAUCUGAGACAAAUAUUGUGCAAUCUCCAUCGAAUUUUAUUACUACCGCAUCAUUAUCAAGAACUGUUGAAUUACCCAGUAUAAAAAGUAAUGUUUCUACUGUUAAUAAAACUGGCACAACACAGUUGUUGAUUUUUCCGAAACAAAGUAACUUGCAAAAUAUGCUCGUUGGUGCUAAGACUUUGCCAGUUGCCUCAGCAUCAAAUGUAGCAGCUAUUGUACAAUCAUCCCCCGGCGUGUCAUCUGGUACUAAAAUACUAACAUUACCUUCAUUGAAUACUUCUGGAAAUGUAAUUAAUACCAUGUCUUCAGCUCAGCCUGGUAAAUUGAAUGAUGUUAAAAUUCUACUUAGUCAAGGAUCUAAUUCAGGGUCUUUCAUAACUGCAAAGCCUAUUGUAACUGCCGGUGGAAAUGCUGCAAAUCAAGUUUUUCAAGGCCCUCUUAAAAGAGCUGUGACGCCCUCGUCCAAUAAUCAGAUGGUGACCAAAGUGAUUAUUACGAAUAGUGCAAAUUCUGGUGCAUCAAUAGUAUCACCCGUUCCAGUUUCUGCAGCUUCAUCGAGUGCAUCUGCUACUGGUCAACCUCAGUCAAUUCUUCUUGCAAGUCCUAAUAAAACACUAACUUUGUCUCGAAAUUUGGUGAGUCUUGGAGGUUCCCAGCAAAUUUUGAGGACUGUUCCAGGAACACCCACAAAACAAUUUGUUAUAUCUCCUGUGAAGCCAGCACAAAAAGUGGCUUAUGCUCCUGUUACCUACUCAAAAUCACCUCGAAGAAUUGCCCCUGCCACCAGUGUAACCAUUUCAAAUAUCAAUGCUGUUCCCAAAAUUGCAACUGUUCUCUGUCCUACAACAAUGGCUCCUGUGACUGCUACCACUAAAAUUAUACCUCAGUCUCCUACUAAAGUAAUAUUGAAAUCUAUACCUCAGACUCUUCUAAAGCCUUUAGUGAGUGUAAAUAAUAGCAGCAAUGCCUCAACUACUGUUGUCAGCAGUACCUCAGUUUUACAAACUGUGCAAGCUACUCAGCCUGUAACAUCAGGAACAACUCACUCUUUGCAAGUUCCUGGCAACAAAUUCCAUUACGUUAGGCUUGUAAGCGCUAACAACACCAAUCAAACUUUGAAAAUCAUAAAAGAUCCUCCAACGCCACAAAUCUCAUCUAUAGUGUCAUUAAAUACAGCUACGGCCUCAACAUCCUUAGCUCAAGUUCGUCCAACUGUGCCUAUUGCUCCAGCAAAAUUGAUAACACCUAAGCAAGUUGGGCCAAAGUUCUUAAUUCCUGCUGUCUCAAGUUCUCAGAUUAGAGGUGGAACUAGCUCUGUGUCUUCCAGCCAGUUGGGUCAGCUUCCAGCUGGAACCCUUAUACCUGUAGGAGCUGGCUCCUCUAGUUAUGUAAUGGUGCCAGCUCAAUAUGUUACUCAGCUUCAGCAACCAGUUGCCACUCCCAGUACCGGUAGUACAGUGUUGAAUAUUCUACCUGCUCCCCCAACAUCCAGCUCCUCAGCUUUAGGACCACAAUCAACAAUUAUUUCAAUAACAUCUAAUCCACCCAAUAAUUUCCACUCAUCAAAUGUUGCUUCUUCUAUGCAUGGAUCUCCCCCUCAUUCUUCCAGGCGAGCCACUCCUGUUGAAACGGAUAUUAGGCCCAGAAAACCUUGCAAUUGUACAAAAUCCCAGUGUUUAAAGCUUUAUUGUGAUUGUUUUGCAAAUGGAGAGUUUUGCAACAGUUGUAAUUGCACAAAUUGCUACAACAACUUGUCUCACGAAGAAGAGAGACAAAAGGCUAUCAAAGCUUGUCUUGAUCGUAAUCCAUAUGCUUUUCACCCAAAAAUUGGAAAAAGUAGGGGUGGUGGUGGAAACAGUGAUCAAGAAAGGAGGCACACGAAAGGAUGCAAUUGCAAAAGAUCAUACUGUUUGAAAAAUUACUGUGAAUGUUAUGAGGCUAAAAUUCUUUGUACAAAUUUAUGCAAGUGUGUCGGUUGUAAAAAUUUUGAAGACAGUUCGGAACGGAAAACACUGAUGCAUCUAGCUGAUGCAGCUGAAGUGAGGGUGCAACAACAAGCUGCUGCCAAGACAAAUCUCUCAUCUCAAAUCCUUGAUAUUCCCACCAAACCACCUGUCAUGUCUCAGACCGGAGAAAGGUUGCCUUUUGCUUUUGUGACGGAUGGUGUUUUGGAGGCUACCUGUCUUUGCCUAUUGGCUCAAGCAAGUGAAGCAGAGAAAUCCCAUACAAGUGAGGAAGAAAUAGAGAGGCUGGUUUUACAAGAAUUUGGACGGUGUCUUGUACGGAUUAUAGACUGUGCAAACAAAACAAAAGUUUCUAAGAUGGAUGUCCAGUGAUAAAGCAUCUAAUUUGUUGGUGGCAAUGCAUCUAAAAAUUUAUCUAGUCACAAAUUGCUGUUAUUUGAAAGUAUAUUUGUAAAUAUAUCACAGUUUCAACUCAUAUUGUACAUUUGAAACUUAUCACAUUAUCAUUAUAUGCUUAGAAAAUACUACUGAGCUUUUUGCUGUUUUUAGAUUGCUUUGUUCUUCUUGAAAGUUCAAUUUGCAGUUGAAGUUAGCUCAAAAAUCUUCUUUUUGAUUGUUUUAAUUGGAAGUGGUUGUAUUUCAAUUUUCAUUCUGGUUUGAAAUGAUUGUUUUAAAUAGUCACUAAGUGGUUCAUUUUUAUCAUUAUCAAUAUAAAGUUUCAUAUGCUAUAUGUGUAUCUCAUAAAGCUAUGUUUUUGUUUUUAAAUAAAAAUGUUUUUACACAACAAAUGCAUAUUAUCAUAUUUUGAUUCUGUCUAUUUUUUUAUUGCUUCAAGCUAGAAAAUUUAGACUUUCAGUUUCAUAUAAAUAAAUAUUUAUUAAAUAUCAAAACGAUAAAUGGUGUAUACUUUUUGAGGUUUAAGUAAAAAAAGAAGAAAAAAAUCUAAAUUUGUUGAUUUUAUAUUUUAAGAAAAUAAAUAAAUAAAAAUUUUAUUUAUUCAUGAAGUUAUGUAUGCUGUUUCAAUUUAAUAUUUUGAGGAAUUUACAUUGAAACGAUUUAUUCAUAACAUUUAUUUUCUUGUUAUGUUUCUUGUUUUUCUUUCAAUUUGAAGUAAUGUUUAGUUAAAAAAAAAUAUAUAUAUAUAGUUGAGGGAAAUUUCUUUGUAUUUUGAAUUUAAAAGAUUGAUUUCGAUUUAAGAAUACUUUUAUACAUCUGAUGGAAUUAAGCUAAACUAAAAAAAAAUACAUAAAAGAUCUAAGAGAACAAAAGCAAUUUCACAUUCUAUGUUUUUCUUGAAUUUCUUCAAUCUACAGGAUGACUAAAAAGAAACAAAGGCAGUAAGACAUUUAAAAACUGCUGAAUACAGGAAUCAAAUAGUUUUCAAAUUUUGAGAUAUAAGGUCAGAUUACUAACAACAAUAUACUUCCUAUGGCUGUACAAAAUAUUUUCGAUAUCUGUUCUAUCCCUCUGUUUAUGUUGAAUUUAUACAAAAUGAAAAAAGGUACAAUCCUCAUUCUAAAAAAUUUAAAUAUUAGCCCAAUAUUCUUUCAUUUUUAACCCUGUACAUUAUUAUUCAUAAUUUAUUUCCAUGGUUUAUAAAUUUUGUCAGAUAGACCACUAUCUGAAAAAAGGACAUCUGGAAAAGUUGCAAUUGUUUGAAUGUUAUUGCUCACUUUAACUAAUUAUUUUUUUUUUGUCCAAUUUUUAUUCUUUAUUUAUUUUUCCAUAUAAUGAGAAAGCCAGAAAAACAGUACCGUAAUUUCGCAGAGAUACGCCACACCCUUGUAAUAAGUAUAUAAAUAUCAUUAAAAUAAUUAUUAAAUAUCCGAUAAAUUAAUAAAUCCGUUCUUACAUAAAAUUUCAAAUGAGCGCAAAAUUUUACCAUGUGCGAUUGUGCACAAUUCAAUGCAACACAAUUGCUAACGCAUUAUGUUAAUAAAUACCAAUAUAAAAUACUCAAAUUAUAUGUAAACUAAGAAAUUAAGAACUUAUUAAAAAUAAGUUAGGAAAAUAUAAUAAAUUAAUGAAAAUAAUGUUACUAGGCACAAAAUUGUCCCAUAUAUAAUAAUCGAAAUCACAUCACCUAGUUUUAUUGUAAUUCGAUUUGAAAUACCUAAAUAUUAUUAAUUUAAAUGAUUAAGCAGCUAAAAAUCCUUACAGUAAUUCAAUAGAAUAUUAAUAAAAAUUCAAUUUAAAGCAAUCUUAUUUUUCCCAAAAUUGUUCUACACAAAACAAUGAUGAACGUGUUCCAUUACUAAUUUUAAAUUUCUAAAAUUUUAACCUUUCAAAUGAUAAACUGCUAAAAACCUUUAAAAUAAUUUUUAAAAGAAAAAAUAAACCAAUAUUCUCGUUUUGCGCAAAAUUAAAGCAUAAAAUGGCAGUGGGCACAUUAUUAAAUGUAUGAUUAAAUUAAACUAAUAAUCCUGUAUUGCACAAAAUUAAUGCAUAAAAUGAUCGCUAAUGCAAAAUUUCUUUUAUAAUUGAUUUAUAAUAUAGUUAUAAAUGAAUCAAAUGAUUAAGCAGCUAAAAAUUGUUAAAAUUAACUUUAAAUACAGAAUAAAUAAAGCAGUUCACGCAUUCCUCUUUUAUCCAUGUGCUUGUCAUUGAGCAUCGUUUUACUGAAACAUCUCAAAAUCGUAUAUUUUCAGGACUCUGGUAAGAGUAAAAAUAAUAAAGGUGAGCUUCAACUGAAAGUGGGGACUUUCAAGAUAUAUUAUUUCAGCAUUUCAAUCCACUCAUUCGUUUUAGAGAAUGACUUGCAUAUUUUUCUUAUGUUUUUUUCUUCUUCUCAACUGCAGCAGCUUAAAUGGGGGAUCGUACUUCCAUUGUUCCUUAUAAGAGAUUAUUCUUCGGGGGGGAUUGUUGAUGGGGAAUCUGGUAUAAAGGGAGAGUGUAUGUUGCUUAAUUGUUACAUUUUUGUCAACUGUUUUUUGCCUGCAUUGUUAAUUCUCUAAAUUAUUAUUGAUCCUAAAUUAUAAAAAUAGAUAGCUUCAAAAGAUGAACAGUAAUAAGGAAAUUUUGUAGAAUCAAUUCAAAAAAAUAUAAUUUUCAAGCUCAAGUAGUUUUAAAAAAAAAGGAUAAGCUGCAGUGUAUCUCCGCGAAAUUACGGUAGUUUAGAAAGAAGGGGGAAAGUACGUUUAAGCAUUGGAACAAUUGAAUAAAUGCUAUGAUAUCAAAUUAGAAAUAGUAACCCUCUUGUCUUCCUAAUUUUAGCUGCUAAUGCAGUCCCGCUUCUUAAUCUUGUAUCAUUUACUUUCUAAAGGUGUUGUAACUGUUGAAGUUAAUUGCAUAUUUUUAAAUAUAACUUUCAGAUCUAGCCACUUGAGUUUAUAGUUAUUGUACAAAUUAGUUAAACAUGUAAUAAGUUGUAUACGUUACACGAUGCUAGAUAAUGGUAGAGGCUAUUGGUAACAGCUGUAAAAUGUGUGAUUCACGUUAAUUGUAUUUAUUUAUUUUCAUAAAAUUAUAUAUUCUUUUGUGAUAAUAUUACUAAUUAUUAGUAUUUAUUUAUAUAAUAUUGAAUUUUGUUUUUAUCAUUAUGUAUGUAAAAAGAUGACAUUUCAAAAAAUACUGAACAAGCUUUUUUUUUUACUAAUCAUCAUGUUUUGAUGAGCCAUAUGAAUUAUGUAACUAACAUGUAAUAACGUAUGAUAACUUAAUUUAAGAAAAUUCAUACUUGGUUAAUUUUUUUAAAAUUAAUUAGUUAUGAUGUAAAUUAUAUGUAGCGUUUUCAAAUCAUUUAAGUUUUAUUUCUUUCUGACUCAAGAAAUUCCAGCUGAAAAUUGUCAAACAUUACAUUAGCAACUGCAACAGUGAGUAGUAAUUAUAGCUCCAUGUUGUUAAAAGAAUAAUGGUUGCUAAUAAAAUGUGGAUGCUUAGGAGCUAUUAGUUAUAGGUUUCUGGUGGUGUGUAAUAUUUUUGAAAUAAGAGGUUCCACUAAUGGGGAGGGUUAAAGUAAUGUCUAAUUAAUUGCAAAAAGAUAAUUACUGUUUUUUCUCUGACCCUGUUUACCUUUAAUUUGUGACACUCAACUCUGUCAGUAUAUAUAUUUAUAGAUACAGUAGAGCCCUAAUAAUCCUACAGCAUUUUUGUAAUUGAAAGAUUCCUGAAUAUUUCAGCUGAUGUUGCCCAUUUACUGUAGCUUAUUUAUGCCUUUGUCAUUAAACCUUGCAUUCUGUUAAUUCCAAAUACUGUUGUAGCGAUGAAUUAGUAAUAUAGCUGAGAUAUGAUGAGAUAUCCAUGAGAUAUUUAUUUCAUAAUGUUUUUAAUUGAAAAAUAGAACGCAUGAAAGUCUUUUUUAAAACUUUGUUAUUGACGCUAAUUAAUAUGAGUAUUUUUAAUUAUAGUUUUCUGCUUAUACAAUAAGAAUUUAAAAAUGUCUCCAUAUAUAUAUAUAUAUAUAUAAUUUUAAUUGUUUCUAGAUUUCUAUUUUUCUCCUUCCUAUUUCCUCUUAUGUACAUUAUUAUAAUACAAUUUGAAUUGCAUGUAUAUAUCGCAUAAAUAAAAAUAUUUGUAGUAAAAUUGUUUUAAAUACUUCAACUUAACAACAACAAUGUUCAACUUAAAUAAAUUAUUAUAUAAAAAGUGCUAGUGUAUUAAGUCCCUUAACUGUGAGAAAUGGGAUUAUUGUAAAUAAAUUGCUUAAAAAGUAUUGAAAAAAGAAGUGUUUUGCAUUGAAAUUGCUUUUUUUGCUGUGAUAUGUUUAUAUUGACUGAAAAUUGAGUACUUUCACAAUAAAAAUUCCAAAUACUUGUUUUUACCUAUUGUAAAAGUAUUUGUUUAAAAUUUUUAAUGUGAUGCUAUUCUUGUUGUGAUAGCAAGAAUGCCAUUAUCUGUGAAAUUACGGAAAGCUUUUGAAAACUAACGAAAAAGUUUUGACUUCCUAAUUUUUAAUGGAUCUUUAUUUUAUGUGGUACUUUUGUUUCCAAUUCGCUGAUAAUCUCUCCUUUGUAGUUGCCUUUUUAAUUUUUAAAUAAACCUUCAUUUUUUUCACACAGAGACAAAAAUAUGUUUGUAAAUUAAACAAGUAAUUUUCUUAUAUUUUCAAAAAUUCUAAUAGUUGAUAGACAUAUAAUUAAAGAUAUUGAGGCUCAUUUUAUUGUUAGGAAAAAUAUAACUUCCGAAAUAUUUAUUAAAUGUUUCAUUUUAAACAUUAUGAAAAAUUAUAUUUUCACCUCGAGAAGAAUACUUCUUCAUUUACAGAAAGGCAUCACUAAAAAUAAGUUUCUUUGUUACAUAAUUAAAAAUUAUAAUAAUAACUGAAGCAAAUUUAAUAAUACCUUUUUUAUCAAUUUAAUGAAUUAAAUGAAUAAAAAUGAACUUUAAAAAAAAAAAAAUAUUUCCACUAAAGUUAAACUUCUAUUUUAUUGAUCAUAAGAAUUUUUUAGAAGUACAGCUCACACGUUGUUGAAAAAAAUAAGGAUUUUUUUGCUACUGGCCAUUAGCUUUUUGUAGCAUUUUUUACAGUGAUCACUUUUUUAAAAAAAAAUAAUAAUAAUUUGUUGAUGUUAGACAUUUCAUUUGAAGCUUUUUUUAAACAUGAUAAACUUCAGCGAGUUCAUUUCUAAUAAUAAAUAUUAGGAAACAAACCUGAAAUGAAGUAAUUUUCAGAAUAUUUUAAAAUAUUCAUAAUAAUUCCGUAUUUUUAAAAAUAAUAUUUAAAUGCGCAGGGAAUGCAAUUUCUCUGAAAAAAGUAGCGAAUAUCAAACAAUUUUCAGUCGCCAUUUGUUAUAUUUAAUCGUCCUGCGGCCAGUGGUGACCAUUAAUUUUGCCCUAUACCAUACAACAAAAUUGAAAGUUAGAAUUUUUUUUGUUUGUGAUUUAUGAUAUUAAUGUUUAUUUCUCUUGUAUAGUAAUAUUUAUUAAUGCUGUAAUUAAUGUAUAUAAUUCAUUUUCUUCAUUUUUGGGUGCUUAAGAAAAUGACAAUUUUGUUUUCCUCAUGAAUGUUUUGCUUAUCGAGCAACUUUUAAAUGUGUUAUGUGCUUUUAAGUAAGUUAUUUCGAUAUCAGUGCAAUUUUAUUUCUGGCUAAUACUUUUUUACUAACAAUGCAUUUGAUUUUUAUUCAUUUUAAUACAAUUAAAUGAAUGAUUCAUUAUUUACAAUUGUAAAUGUAUUUUAUAUGAAGAAGUCACUAUAUCAAAUUUUAGAUCAUAUAUGAAGUUACAAAAGUUAAAAAUACAUAUGUUAAAUGUAUCUAUGAAAAUAAAGCAUUUUAACAAAAG